ACUGGCAACACUACAGCAACAGUCAGGAAGCAAACCUCCAUCAGACAGGUUCUGGGCUAGAGUUCCUGUCCCCUAUGGAUUAUGUGGCAGCCCCAGGCCCCAGGCCAGGGGCCCCACUUCAAGUCACAGAGAAUGUUGUUCCAGGAGCUGAGGACUGGCUGCCAAGAGUUUCUGGACACCCAGCCUGGGCUACCAGCCUGGAAGCAGAGAAUAAAACAGAUCCAGAGCUGAGUGAGAAGCAGCAGUUGCAGAUUUCCAAGGAGCUAGUUGAUCUUCAGAUUGCAACCCAUCACCUUCAUCAACAGCAUGAAGCUGAAGUCUUCGAGCUGAAGAGGGAAGUUCUUCGACUGGAAAGUCGGGUGCUAGAACUAGAGCUGCAUGGAAACGGUGACUACCAGGGACAUAGAGUACAACCAUCAGCCAAUCCUGGGCACUACCAGGUGCCACCACAAGAGGUGCAGCUCAAGAAAGACAGAUUCUCUGAGCCUGAGAGCCUGAGCAAUCCAUCAGGAGGCCAGCAGAAGCUGCAGGAAGAACUAAAAUGGGUCCUGGAGCAUCACAGAGUCAGGCAGCAGGCGCUGGAGACACGAGUGGCAGUCCUAGGCCAGCAGCUGCAAGGAGCCCAAGAGGAAGCCAGGGUAGCUGGUCAGCGACUGGCUGCCCAAGCCACGGUGCUGUCUACCUGUCAGGGUCAGCUCCGGCAGGCAGAAGCUGAAAAUGCUGAGCUGCAGUUGCAGUUGAAGAAGCUAAAUGAAGAGUAUGCUGUCCGGCUGCAGCGUUAUGCCAAAGAGACAGUGGAGACUGCCAAUAGCACAGAUCAGGCAGCCCUUCAAACAUUCCUGGAGGCCACUCUGCAGGACAUUCGGGCUGCACACCGAAGCAGAGAGCAACAAUUGGCCCAAGCUGCCCGGACCUACCGCAAGCGCCUGGCAGAUCUGAGCUGGAGGCAGGAGUUGCUGCUAACAACAUGGAGGGCUACUUUUGCAACAGCCAUCAACCUGGAACCAUUACCCAUGCAGUGGGCCACUGAACUCAGCCACCGAAGGGAGGAUGAGGAUGGCGGACAUAGGACACUGCUACUGUGCCCAGAAAAGGCACCUGGUGAAGCUUCCAAGGAGGGCCAGCCACAGCCUCUAGCCCUGGACACUGCAUCCUGGACCCAAAUCCAACAGAAGCUGCAGGACUUCUCCCAGGACACUCAGGCAGAGCUAGAACGAGAGCGGGCACAGCUGAUGGUUCGGGCCACCAUGGCAGAGCAGCAGCUUUCUGAGCUCCAAGAGUAUGUGGACCAGCAUUUGGGCAGGUACAAGCAGGAAAUCCAGAGACUGAGGAAGCUGAUGAAUACAAGAGAUCCCCAGGGAGUAGAAGCUAUGGCUUCCACCAGACCCCAGCGCCCAAGGACCCAGAGUCAUUAGCUAGCUUGUCUCCCAGAGACAGCACAAAUCAAACCUCUUCACAGCCACCAUGAAACCCACUGCACAACCCACCCCAUGGAGGAUUCCUGGAACAAACAAGAGUCAGAAUUGAA